UGCCGCCGCCGUCAUGCCGCGCGCCGCUAUCAGCUUAUCACUCUACCGGAAUAAUAAUAAUAUUAUUCACAAAAAAUAAUUUAAUUUUGUAAAUAAUACAAUUCGCUACAAUAUGUGCUACAAUUUAUUUUAUUUAUCGGCAUCGUUAUGUUCGAGUCUCGCAGUGUUGCAGUUCCCGUGAUUUUAUGUUCCGCGCGCAAGCGCAUGCAUAGCCUACGAUAUUGUACGCGUAAUGAACACCGUAAUAAUAACGUACCGCAAUAAUAAUAACAACAGUAAUCUAUAAUAUAAUAUUAUAAUGGACUUCAUUAGUCGUAACAAAACACCGAUCCGAUACAACGACCACGUGGACGGUCGUUUCGUAUCGUAGUUACAUGUAUAUACAGACCGAUUUACCGAUCAUCAAUCGCUGUGACUAUAUACUAUUAUUGUACAUAUAGAAGUGCAGAAGAUAACCGCUGUAGCGCUACGACACGACAUCGGCAUCAAAUUUCACCUGUUGAUUUACGCGUUCCGUACGAACUGUGCUUUUGCAAUCAUUAUAUAAGUAUUCUUCAAAUACGUAAUAUUAUUUGACCAUCAUAUCAAACGUUUUCGUUUUACCGUCACCUGCGUGUUCGUAUAUACAGACAGACUGAUUAACCGAUCACUAAUCGCUCGCUUACUAUAUACUAUAUUAUUGUACAUUCUGCGUUGUACGGAAGAUAACGGCUUUAGCGCCAUGACACAAAAUCUGCAUAGAAUUUCAUCUAUUGACUGCAAACUAUAAAGGUUUUUGUUAUUAUUAUUAUUAUUUAACGCUUUUGCAAUAUUAAAUGCUUGUGCUAUUUUAAAAUUUAAGAUUUUAAUAUGGACCGUAUUGUCAAUGAAAACUACAACGACUGCCUUACGUCACAGGUAAAUACAGAAAAAAUGAUUCCGUCUGUAUCAUCGGUGAAACCCACGACUAUUGUUGAAAACACUGGUGAUAACAUUAUAGUAGAACAACGGCAGAAUUUAGCUAAUUUAAGCACGCCGAAUUCAUUUGACCGCAACCGCUUGAAAUCUUCCACUCCAUUGGUUGUGCCUCUAUUCACCAUUGGUGAUAGUGAUAGUGACGAAGAAGACAAUGUUAACGAGGACGACCUUAAUGAUGACGAAGUUCAUGUUAUAACUAUAGAGUCAAGUGACGAUGAAAUAAAUGAGGAAGAACAAACAAAUCAGCGAACGUUGAACCGCAGUAUUCGUCGAAUUAAUUAUAAAAUAAGGCGCGUCAUUAAUGUUAUUUUAAGAUAUUAUAAAGAAGGUUUAUGCGAUGAAGAGAUAUUACAUCUUGAGGAAAAACGCGAUAGUCUAAGACGAACAAAUAGAAGGAUCAACCGAGCGCUUAGAACUGAAUCCACUCAACCACCUAUGUCAGAAGACCAGAUUUUACGUAGGGUACAGACGUUGCGGCGCCGGUACUUGGAAGCCAUUAGAUCAGCACACGAAUUUUCGUAUAUUUGGAGUAAUGACGAAUUAAAUAACACAAUAAACUCAGUGUCUGAAUACUCGAAAUGUAUAAAUACUGUUAUCUUGAAACGCGAUAAUGAUGUCUCAGUUACUCUAGGUUCUGAUGGAGAAUUAGAAUCCAACGAGCUGGAUUUUGUUAUUCAGAAUAUGGAAAAUAGCGAUACUGAAUGCUCAAGUGAAUCUGAAACAUCGACUUCGUAUAACGAAUUUACGCCAGCAUAUAUUAAACAACGAGUCAAAAACAAAGAUAGACGUAAUAGAUUGGCAUUACGAUAUCAAAGACGAUUACAACGAUUACAACGGCGUCAAAUGUUACGAAAUCGCUUCAAAAAAGUACAUCAUGAGUUAUAUAGUGGUAAUGAUGAAUCACCAACGUCGUCACGUACGAGACAUUUUGAGGAGAAAAACAAGUUAAGCAAUAACAGAGAUAGUGUUCAAAAUGAUAUACCUUCAUCAACACUUAGCGUAUUAUCAAAAAAUAAUGUUACCAUUGAAAAAUCCAUUAUAGAAGUUAUUCAGAUAGAGAGCAGUGACGAUGAACCUGAUGAUUAUUCAUCUAGUGAUGAAUUUGAACGGAAUCAUCAAAAUCUGGCGCGUUUACACGAAACAGCUUGUCAAACGCAACCAGAAAAUGGUCAUUCGUUAUUUUUAGAAAAUAGACCACUGUCGGAAAUGUCUCUGUCGACGCUAAAAAACACUCAAAAGGAUAAUAAUAGUAACCAAAAUCUACCAUUAAUGUCUACGGUCGAACAGGUUCAAGAAACCAAUAUCCAUGUCGUCGAAACGGGUAAAAUGACUGAUAAUCGUUACGAUAAGGUCGAAGUUGUUGAACCACCGCAUACCAACGUUGAUUGUGUAAAUCAAAAUGUUAAUGGUUCACAUGCAAACAUUACUCUGAGGGAAGUUGCGCAAACAAUCGCAGCGGCGACUAGGGCUUUGUCAACGACUCAUACUGAAAUAUUUCAAGGUAUCAUAAGGAUGGCCGAUGCUUUGUAUAAAACAACGAUUGAACCGAUUGCAGAACCAACGGAAGAAGCAAGACCGGUAAAAAAAGGUGUAUUUGUAGAAACGGAAAUUGUGGAUGAAAAUCCGUACAUAAAGGUUAGGCAACAAUACAUGCUAGAUGACCUACAGCAAAUGAUGGACGCGAUUUGGAAUUUAAUAUCACGCCCAAUCCCUCUCGGCCGCGUAGAAUCAUCAGCUACGGCAUUGCAAACGUCUAUAGAGAUGAGAGUGCGACGAGCGGAACAAGCGGCAAAUAACAUAGUUUCUAGAAAAAGAAUAGCUGCACUCUCACCAUCCACCGUAUCCACUUCUGCCACUCAGAUUUUCACAAUCGAGUCUCAACAAUCGACUCGGGACACACAUCGAAUUCACCUCAGCCGGUCGGAGCUGUUGGACGAUAACGACAACCAAUCGACAAGUCAAUCGAAACCAAGCACUUCGGAAGUGCGUCAACAUAAGCAACCCUCGCCACCCAUCAUCAUCAUUACUCCCCCGCCUAACGAUCCAGAAUCUUCUAUUACCGAGAAACUUCCCAACCAACAUGACGGUAUACAGUGGGUAGUAGAAACUAACCGUUUGUCGUCACAUACAAACGCGAAAAGCUUGUUGACGCCUCCGAAAAUAAAAGUUCAACGCCGUAGUCGCAGUCGGACCCGCGACCCCCUUCGACCGCGGCGAUUUUGUUCACCGUCACCGCCCGGUGGUAGUCGCGUGCGCAAUAUUUCCCAAGAGCAGAAGCGCAGAAAAUCGAAAUCACUGCUGGCCGGGCGGAGGUCGCCCACCAGUCCUCCCGUUCCUACGACCCUUCAUCUACCGUUGUCGCAGCUCCCUUGUUCGUCUCGCGCUGCCAACACCGCCGAUAUUAGCGCUAGUACCACUGUAGCGGUUGUAGCGACCGAAACGAUCGCCGGGCGACCUAAUUUGUCGCCACCGCCGCCACCAGAAGCGCUUAGGUCGACCCUGCAGCCGGCGUUAAACGACGAUGGCGCUACCGCUUCGCUGUCGCAGACCGCAUUCGCGUUACUAGAACUUUCUGGACAGUCACCAAAGUCCGACCAAACGAUCAACACUCUUGUUGUAGACGAUCGAACUGUGCAGACAACCGCUACAACUACCACUGUAAUCGCAUCCGCCGCCGCCGCCGCCGACGACGACGACGACGAACUAAUGUCAAACAGCGAUGUGUUGGCAACCUUCGAUGUCGGCGGUGGCGGGCUCGCAAGGAACCCGGCGACAAAACGACAGCGGUCCCGCAGUAGGAGCAAUUCACCUUCGAACGCGCGAAAACUAAAACCGUCGUCACCUUCGGGCAGCGAACAACAACAACCCAACGCGCAAUAGCCGGUGGAAAUGUGUCAACGAAAACUGUAAAUAUUAAACAAUGUGUAUUUUAAUUAUAAGGAAUUUAUGAUAUGUACGUUAGUUGUAGUAUUGUUGUGUUUCUUUUUUUCUUUUAUUAUGUAAGGAGAGGACGCAUCGUUUUGCUCGAGAUAAAACGGAGUAUUAUUAUUUACCCGUGUACGUACUAUAAUAUGUAGGACACAAAAAAAUACCAUAAAUGUUAUUUGUAUAGUUAUUAAUUAGUUAUAAUUAGCAUAAUGUUUUCAUCCACGGAUUCGGCAUUUAUUCGUCGAAAUGGUGGCUACAGACUAAAGAUUUUAAUUGUGAGGCGCACUUAGGAUCUAAUUUUUCGGUCUUUAUACGUCGUACGAGUAUGGUUUUAAAAUAUAAAUUUUAUCGUACUUCGUAACGAUGUGAUAGCAUAUGUGUUACAAUAGAAAAACGAUAUAAAAAUGUUACUAUAGAAAAUUUUAAAACAACUGGGAUGUCGGUGACAAAAAAUAAUACAUUUUCAAUUUAAAAUCGUAUUACAAAAUGUUAAAAAAAAAAAAGUAAAUUAAACCUGAAAAUAUCAAGUUAUUAUGAAUUGUUAACAAGAAAAUUAAUUUAUAACAAACUAUACAUUUUUAAAAUUAAAUAACUAAAAUAAUAAUCUGCGUUCAAACUCUCCAAUAAUAAUAAAUAUUAUUACAUGUAAAAAAUUAACUCAUCGUUUAUAGUAAUAUAUAUAAAAAAUAAUUAAUUUAAAAAAAUCUAUGGAAUAUUUGAUGAUGGUUAAAAAAAAAACGAAAAACGCACCGACUAAACAGUAUAAUAUUAAGUUAUGUCUUUAAGUUUAGUUUUUAUAUAAUUGUAAUUAGUUUCACCGUUAAAUUGGUUUAUGAUUUUAAUUUUAAGAAUUGUGUUUCCACUGUCUCGUGUUUACGAUACAGCGGUCACAAUAAAAUGAAGCAUAUAUAAGUUAUUCGUGCGGGAUCAUUAACGGUAGCGAAUGGCUAAUAUCCAAAAUGCGCGCGUAUCCGUUACCCGCACACCAUUAGGUUAAUGUAACAUUACAGGCCGUUCACUAUUUAGCCACAAAAAAAAAAUUAAAAGAAAACACACAUAAAAAAAAAAAUUAAUUGGUUAAAAUAGUAGAAUGGUUAAGGUGGCCGAGAAGAGAAUUUAGUAUAUAACAAUGUAUAUUAAGAUAUGAUUUUAAUGGAUUCUAUUAAUCGCCAUAUUACAUUUGGCAAUUGGCAAAGGUGCGUUCAAUAUAAUAGCAUAAGUUAUAGCAUCGAUUAUAAAUAUUUCUAUUACAAUUCAAUAUAAUUAUAAUUCGCUUUGUUUCGAUUAUGAUCGGUCGGCGUGCCUCAAAUCGGUGCCCCAAUCAGGACGUCACCGAGUUUUGGCGACCAAUGUUCGUAAAAAAAAAAAAUUUAAAAAAAUGAAAAUUCUAAAAAAAAAAUAAAAAACGAAAAAAUCUAAAAAAGUUUCCAAAGUUUUUAA